CCCGCCCCUCCCCUCGGAGCGGCUCCCCGAGGGCGCUGAGUCGCGCUGUUCUUUCCCGCAGCCAUUGCGCCGAGGCCACGUGGCGAGGUGCUGGUGUGGAGAGAGAAAAACCUGUCUUAACUGGACUAUUUGGAUAGUUUCAAUGUGGCCCAAACUUCCCCACGUAUAUUUUCAGGAUAACUUUCAGAGCAGAUUCAUCAGGCUGAGCAUAAGGGCACCACCUAGGCUUCUGGAACUGGCAUGUCAGAGCCUGUUGAGGGAUGAGACCUUGGCUAUUGCUGCUUUGGAGGAGCUGCCCACGGAGCUCUUCCCGCCGCUGUUCAUGGCAGCCUUCGCUGGAAGACACAGUAAGAUUCUGAAGGCAAUGGUGCAGGCCUGGCCCUUUGCCUGCCUCCCACUGGGGGCCCUGAUGAAGGAACAGCAGCUUCACUGGGAGACUUUUCAAGCUGUGCUCGAUGGACUCGAUGUUCUGCUUGCCCAGGAGGUUCGCCCCAGGAGGUGGAAACUGCAAGUCCUAGACUUACGGAAGAAUGCUCAUCAGGACUUCUGGACUGUGUGGUCUGAAAUCAGGAUUGGCAUGUGCUCAUUUUUGGAGCCAGAGCUGGCCCAGCCCACAAGGAAGAGGCGAAAAGUGGAGGGUUCAAGGAUAGAACCAAAGCAGCCUUUGGCUGUAUUGGAGGUGCUCAUAGAUCUUUGCCUCAAGGAUGGUACCCCCAAUGAGUCUCUUAUCUACCUCCUUAAGAAAGUCAAACAGAAGAAAGGUUUACUCCAUCUGUGCUGUAGGAAGCUAAAGAUUUUUGCAAUGCCAAUGCAAAAUAUUAAGAAGAUCCUGAAAAUGGUGCAGCUGGAUUCUAUCCAGGAUUUGGAAAUGAAUUGCACCUGGAAAUUGCCCACACUGGGGAAGUUUGCUCCUCACCUGGGCCAGAUGGGUAACCUGCGCAGGCUUCUCCUCUCUCACAUCCACAUGUCUCCCCAAAACACUCUGGUGAAGGAGGAGCAGUGUAUAAGCCAAAUUACUUCUCAGUUCCUCAGCCUGCACCACCUCCAGGAACUUUAUUUGGACUCCAUCUCUUUUCUCAAAGGCCGCCUGGAUCAAAUGCUCAGGUGCCUGAAGACCCCGCUGGAGACCCUGUCAAUCACUAACUGCCUACUUUUGGAAUCAGACUUGGUGCAUCUGUCCCAGUGCCUGAAUGUCAGCCAGCUGAAGGACCUGGAUCUCAGUGGGGUCAACCUGACCUGUGUAAAUCCUGAGCCCCUCCAAGUGCUGAUAGAGCGAGCCUCUGCCACUCUCCAGGACCUGGACCUGGAUGAGUGUGGGAUCAUGGACAUGCAGUUCACUGCUAUCCUGCCGGCCCUCAGCCGCUGCUCACAGCUCACCACCUUCAGCUUCUGUGGAAACCCCAUCUCCAUGUCCGUCCUGGAGGACCUACUGCACCAUACCGUCGGACUGAGCAAGCUGAGCCAUGUGCUGUACCCCGCCCCUCUGGAGAGUUACGAGGAUGUCCGUGGCACUCUCCACCUGGGAAGACUUGCCCAUCUGCAUGCCAAGCUGAAGCAGAUGCUGCACGAGUCAGGGCGGCCCGGCAUGGUCUGGUUUAGUGCCAAUCCCUGUCCUCACUGUGGCGACAGGACCUUCUAUGAUCCAGACCCCAUUCUGUGCCUGUUACAUGCCUGUGUAACUGGGUGCACAUAUAGUGUUAAUCCUGGGCCCUUAGACACUGAAGCCCAGGUACAAGUUUAUCUUGAGGGAGCACAGUUUUGGGGUAACUAUUUGUUGCAGGGACGGGGUAGAAAGACGACUUAGAAGGUGAGAGAUGUUUAUAUGGGAAGUUAAUGGGAUCUUUGGGGAGAUGCAUAACUAUAGAGUUAGAAAUACGAAUCUGAAUUUCUAAAGGGGUCUUGGGUCAGGGAAGUAGAUGUGGGAGUUGUUUUUGUGUGGAUGGUUGUAAAGAAAUUACCAGAAAUAAAGGGAAGUUCAGUUGUCCACUCUCGUGUCCUCUGAU